AUGUCUACCAGGCAGAUAAGGCGGUUGCAGCGCGACCGGGAAAGGGAGAAGGACGAAUAUACAACGCCGCCGCCCAAAGUUGUAAUCAACGUAAACCAGCCACGAUUCAGCUUCUCAAUGCUAAGGGAUGCCCUAGAUUCUGAUGAGGAAUCCAGCAGUGACUCCGAGGAAGAUUCAAGCAGCGAAGCCGACUCAAGCUCGUCGUCAUCCGAACAUGAAGAGUCCGUAACUUGUUCCACACCUGAUCGCAACAUCCAAACACCGCAAGAUGGAAAUAAAGGUGACGAUGGCUCACCCGAACCUCAGAAUGCCGACGAAGAUACAGAUGAGGAUAGCGAUAUGCAACUUUUGGAGUCUUACAAAGAACAAACCGCCGAAUCCGCUGAUGCUGAUGCAUCAGCAAAUAAGGAAAAGCGUUUUGAAUGUCUCCGGAUAGAACCGCGAGCAUUUCGAGUUGUCGGUGUUGAUACACGUGCCUCUGGCAAGACGAGAAUGGGCAAGGGGUUCGGGGGGUAUUUACAAGGUCGCAACUGGCUUGUGCCAGGCGUUCCACCCAAACUUGCGGACAAAUAUCGAGCGGUGGUGGGACAACAUAUGAGAUUGAAGGGUACCUAUGAUGCCAAAAGUGAAAGAGAGCGCUUCACCUUGGAGCUGAGUGAGCGCCUCAAAUUUGCGCAGGGAAACCAUGAAGAUGCGUUCAAGGCUAUCAGUUUUGCCAUAAAACUCUUUCAGGCGGCAUUGCCACCGCGUUUCUCGCCUUUCCGUCUAGAUGAAAAGGGGUAUUACAAUACGUGGCUACCCAGCUACUGUGGAAGUAAUCUGGUUGCUUAUAGACUGUUGCUGCUGUAUAUGAUCUGCUUGGAGCGGCAGGCGCAAUGGGAAGCAUGUCUAGCUGUCUGCAAACUGAUGCUUCUCAUGGACUUCCCAAAUGACGUCGCACAUGCACUGCUGCAUAUCGAUUUAUAUCUUUUGAACCACUCUGGAAUAGGAGUCGCUGAGUUUGCCGUAGGUUAUGCCAAGGCAGUGGAAUACGCAGUACCACUGUAUUGGGUGCUCCCGAAUUUUGCCUUUUCAAUGGCGCUGGAAUUCUUCGCAAAAGAAACAAAAGAAUCCGUACACACCCCAAUUUCAGAAUCUUAUCUGGAUCUGCUGCAGCAGUUCCUCAUGUUGCAGGAGGAUAGACUGGGGUUCCGCUUUAAUCCAGUGGAACAGGAUAUGGGAAUAUACGCUGACAAACGCUCAGAGCUGUGCUUAAUUAGGGCACUCGUUCAAUACCCUGAUAUGAUUCGAAUGCUUGCUCGCGAAAACUUCGCAGCCGAUCUGGUCGUCUACACAGAGAUGGAACCCUUUGCUUCAUGGAUGAGCGAUUACGACACGGAUGACGUGCACCUAAUCAAGUGCUACCUUGCCAAGACGGGAGAUCUCUGGCGACACGAAAAUUUGUCGUUCUUGAUCAACACCGCAGGCGUAAUUGCUGAGAUUUAUCGCACUGAACGUGGGGCUACCAUAUUGGGCACGUUCCGUGACUUGUGGUCAGCCUUCAGGCUGGAGCAACCGCUACCUCUAAGACCCACUGAUGUCAUAGUUGCGGAGUUCGACCUAACCUCCCACAGUCUACCAACUGCCCUAGAAUGA